CCGGAUGUUUCGGUGAUGCUCGCCAUCAACAGCGCUGCAAGUCAGUCAAAGGCUGUGACAGUAUUUUUUGAGAUAUCCAUCACGCCCUGUUGUUUAGCAAAUAUAUUAGUUCAGAUUUGUUGACAGCUUACUGAAGCAACCAGCCACAAAUGCAAGCUAUUAAAUGCGUGGUGGUCGGCGACGGGGCUGUGGGUAAGACAUGCCUACUAAUCAGUUACACCACCAAUGCUUUCCCUGGAGAAUACAUACCCACCGUAUUUGAUAACUACUCCGCCAACGUGAUGGUGGAUGGGAAGCCAGUGAAUCUUGGCCUGUGGGACACAGCGGGACAGGAAGACUAUGACCGCCUCCGCCCUCUCUCGUAUCCACAGACGGACGUGUUCCUAAUAUGCUUCUCCUUAGUGAGUCCAGCCUCCUUUGAGAAUGUCCGUGCAAAGUGGUACCCGGAAGUAAGGCAUCACUGUCCCAACACACCCAUCAUCCUGGUCGGCACCAAGUUGGACCUUCGAGAUGAUAAGGACACCAUUGAGAGGCUGCGUGACAAAAAGCUCUCGCCCAUCACUUACCCAGGCCUGGCCAUGGCUCGAGAGAUGGGAGCAGUGAAGUACCUGGAGUGCUCAGCACUGACCCAGCGUGGCCUCAAGACUGUGUUUGACGAGGCCAUCCGUGCCGUCCUCUGCCCUCCGCCCAUCAAGAAGUGCGUCAAGAGGUGUACCCUGUUCUGAAGGCUGGGGGACGUCUCCAAGAUGCCAUCAGCAGAUUCCAGUCCGCUCCAUGUUAAACCAGCAGCAGCACUACAGUGACUUCCUGAGAAAUACGCACCAACACCGCUACAGGUACUGUGACAGGUGCUUUGGCCUCAUAAGGUAUUUCCAUGUGGAAAAUAAUAGGUGUAUAUGUAUGUGAGUCAUUACAUAUGACCCAAAGAGGUAUUAUUAAUUUAGAAGGAGAUGAUGUGGUAGACAGUUUUUAUGGAAAACUACACAUUUACUCCUAUACAGUUGUACUGAAACAGUCAUACUGAAAUGUACUGUCAAUGGUACAGUUCAUAUUGGCCCUUUAACCACAGUUAUAAAUGAUAAGUUGUAAGCACUUGGCACUUGUUAUCAACGGAACACAUACAAGGACAUCCCACUUAUAUGAAGCCACUGUAACUGCUGGCUGGGUGUAUAAAUCAUUCAAGAUUGUUAUUUAAUACUUCUGUAAAUGAAGAUUAGCUUUGUGUAAUCUUUUGGGAAUAUAAUGGUAGACCCAUUGUUUAUCUAGGUAAUUAAUUAACAGUAGCAUCUGCGAUGGGAAUAUAUGUUCCUAUGGCUAUAGUGUCCAAGAUCCAAGCUUUUGUGAAUUCAAAAACUAAUGAAAGAAUCUUUAUAUGAUUGUGUGAACACACUACAGGAGUGAUUUGCAUGUCAGACACAGAAGCUUUCCAGCCCAGAAAGUGUCUGUUUUGAAAGCUCUGUGUGUCUGUGCGUAUGAGAGAGAGAGAGAGAGAGAUAGAGAGAGAGAGACACAGAAAGAAGAAAGAAAAGAAAGAAAGAAAGAAAAGAAAGAAAGAAAAAGAAAAACAAAGAAUGAAUGAAUGCGCACUGGCAGUAACCUACAUAGGUGCUCAAGCAUUCCACUUCUUACACUUUGUAGAUUAUUCAAAAGCUGGAGGACAAAUGGGAAGAAAUUAUGUUCACAUCUGCCUAAAGACAUUUCCAUGUGGUGAAAAUGUAUUUAAAAUGACAAUGUUUUGAAUGAGGGAUGCAUUAUUUAAUAAAUGUAUUAAUGUUUUGCCCAUACUUAAUUUGUAUUUUUAGUGUUAUUUUCAUCAUCGAGAGCCAUUUACUUUAAAACAACACCAUUUGUAAACCAUCAAUUUAAAGUAAUAUUUGCCAUACCUUUUCACAAUGUUUGUUACGAAUGAGCAAAUGGGAUAAAAUUCAUGUGCCAGUGUUGAAGUACAUAUCUCAGCAAAAAAAAGUUGACUAAUGUCAACAGGGGUUUUGUCAAUGCAAUAUUCUAUAACAUCGUUUACUUUAAGAAAUCAGUUGCAUUGGAGGAAACACUGAAAAUAAAGUGUUUGUAUUGUAA